AUGUCCGAGGUAAACCCAACACCGGCAACAGAGGAUCCACCUCCAUUAGUGAAUGGAGAAUUUGCUGCUUCAGAUAAGAAUAAUAAUGCUGAGAAGUUCGGGCCUGAGGAGAGCAGGGAAGUAGCAGUGACUAGCAACAAUGCUGAUGAAGUGAAGAAUGGCUGUGAAAAUGGAACUGAGGGCGCAGCAGAUGAGGUCGCAAAUAUUGUAGAGGCUGAUGAUUCGAACGGAGGUGAUUCAGGUUGUGCUAAUGUGGUGGUCGCUGAAGAUGUUAAAAUGAUUGACACACAACAUGAAGUCAAUACUGAAGGUGCGGAUGUUAAAAUGGUUGAUACACAGCAUGAAGCCAAUACUGAAGCGGAGGAUGUGAAAAUGGUUGACACACAACAUGAAGCCAAUAUUGAAGCUAAGGAUGUGAAAAUGGAUGGCACACAAGAUGUAAAAAUGGUUCACACACAGCAUGAAGCCAAUAUUGAAGCUGAGGAAGAUGCGUGUCAAGAUAAGGAAGGAAAGAAUGGGGAUAAUCAGCAUGAUAAGGCAACAGAAGGUGAGGGUAUGAAGAUGAUUGAAGCAAAGGCUACUGCUAGAAAUUCCAAGAAAAAUAAUACCAAUACUGAAGAUGAUGACGUGGAAAAUUUUGACAAGGAAGUUGCAUGUCAGAAAGAAGAUGAGGACAGUCACGAUGCCAAGGUAGCAGAAGGUGAUGAAAUCAAGAUGGUUGUAGCAAAAACUGAUGCUGGAAAUGCAGAAGUAGAAGGAAAUGGGAAGGAAGAAAAGGCCGAGAAGACCGAACAGGGGAAAAAUAAUGCCAAUAUUGAAACUGAGGAGUUAAUAGUUCUUGACAAGGACGAUGCAUGCAUGAAGGAAGAUAAGAAGGUAAUGAAUGUGGAUAUUCAGGAUGCCAAGGAAGCAGAUGGUGAGCACAUGAAGAUUGUUGAAGAAAAGACUGAUGGUAGAAUUGCAGAGGCAAUAGAAAAUAGGAAGAAGAGAGAAAUUGAGGGCAACGCUGAAGAGAAUAAAACUGAUGCCAGGAUUGAUGCUGAGAAUGUGAUAAUGGUUGACCAAGAAAGUGCAUGUCAGAACAAAGAUAAGGAGGAAAAGACUGAUGAUAGUCAGGAUGCCAAGGCAGCAGAAGGUGAGGACAUCAAGGUUGUUGAAGCAAAGAGUGAUGCUGGAAAUGCAGGGGUAAAGGAAAAUGGGAAGAAGGAAGAAAAGGAGCAGCACAAUGAAGAGAAGGCAAAUGAUGUCAACAAUCAAGCUGAUGAGGUGAAAAUUGUUGACAAGGAAGAUGCAUGUCAGAAGGAAGACAAUGGAAGAAAGAAUGAAGAUAGUCACCGCGCCAAGGCAGCAGGAUGUGAGGAAAUUAUGGUGGUUGAAGCAAAGUCUACGGAUGUACAUGCAGAGGUUAAAGAAAAUGGAAAGAAGGAAGAAGAUCAGAACACGACCGAAGAGGAGCAAAAUGAUGACAAAGAGGAAAUCAUAUGUGUGAAGAGGCAAGAUGAAGAUAGGAUGGAGCCAACGGAAGUGGAUAAGCAAGAAAAGCAGGAUGGGUCGAACGAGGAAGAAAAAGGUGGUGUUGAUAAGCUGCAUGUGAGUGAUGGAGAAGAAAGUGUCAAGGAGAGUCAGGAGGUAUUGAAAGGUGAAGCAAAAGAUAAUGUGGACAAGCAAGAAAUGGAUGAUAGAGAAGAAAAUGUCAAGGAGAAACAGGAUGGAUUGGAAGAGGAAGGAGUUGGUUCUAGCAAGCACGAGGUAGCAAAAGAUGAACAAGACGGAGCUGCUGAGAAACAAGAGGGAGAGAAACAGGAUGGAAAUGUUGCUUCUGAGAAGAAAGAGGAAGAGAAACAAGAUGCCAAGCUGACUGCUGAGGAAAAGGACAAAACACAGGAUAGAAAGGUGGCCACUGAGAAGAAAGAGGAAGAGGAAGUGAACAAAAAUGUAGCUUUUGAGAAUAAUGCAGAGAUAGUGAUUGAAAUGGGAGUAUCUGAGAAGGAUGAGGAAAUGGAAACGAACGGAAAGACUACUGCUGAUAAACAAGGGGGAAAGAAAGACAGUCAGAUAGAUGGUAUCUCUAAACAAGGGGGACAAAAGAAAGGAACCAAGCGAUCAAAUGCUGACAUGGAUGAGGCAGAAAAUGGAAGUGCAUCUAAAAAAGAGAAGGAUGGUGAGGCAGUGGAGGAAGUUGGUGAGUCAAACAAGAAUAUGGAAGAAAAUAAGGAUGAAGCACCCAAGAGGAAGAAGGCAAGGAUUGUUAGAGAAGAGGACCACAAGAAGGAUAAGAAACAAAGCAGCUCUAAGUCCAGGGAUGCAAAGGACUUGCUGAAUACCCCAAGUCCUUAUUCACUUGAUCGACCGGCGCGUACGAGGAAAACAGUGGAGAGGUUGGUUGAAGUGAUUGAGAAGGAACCAAGCGGAAGUUUAUUUGUUGAGAAGGGUCGUGGCACUCCUUUGAAGAAUAUACCUGGUGUUGCAUACAGAAUAGCAAGGAAGAAACAGACUGACCUUAAGUUUCUCCAUCAAAUCCUUUUUGGGAGGUUUGGAAAGGCUGCUGAUUUCAAAAGCCAUAUACUUGAGUUCUCUGGAUUUGUGUGGCACGAGAGUGAUGAAAAGCAUAGAGCUAAGGCCAAGGAGAAGCUUGACAAAUGUUCCAAAGAAACAUUAUUUGAUCUCUGCAAACUGUUUGCUAUUCCAGUUUCAAGAGUAAAUAGUAAAAAGGAAGACAUUAUCAUGAAGCUGCUGGACUUCAUUGCUGAACCUCGCGCUAAUGAUGAUUCCACACUUUCUGAUGAUCAGGGAUCAAAUUCUAGGAAGCGCAAACGAGAGGGAGGAAGUGCAGCUAAGAAUUCAGAGGGCACACACAAGAGAUCUAGGAAGUGUUCAAGCAGAGUUUCAUCAUCACCAAAAAGUUCUAAGGAUAAGCAGAGCUCUGCUGAGGAUUCAAACUUAAGGAAGAUUAAACCCAUUACACCAAAGCACACGGUAAAUUCUCAAAAAGAGACCAGUGGAAGAAGAUCAUCAGGCAUAAGGUUGACAACAAGUAAAGGGAAAUCAGCAGAAGCAGAAAAGGCCCUUCCCAGCAAGGAUGAAUUGCAAAAUACAAUUGUUGGAAUUCUAAAGAAGGUCGACUUCAACACGGCUACAUAUAGUGACAUCAUUAAGAUGCUCGAUGAGCACUACAAGAUAGACUUAUCUUCGAGGAAAGAAGCUAUCAAGCUCAUGGUCUAUGAUGAGCUGAUGAAGAUAUCGGAAGCAGACGAGGAUUAAUAUGUAGAUGAAGGUGCUGACAAGAUAGAACAAGAGCAUCAAGCGAAAUAGGAUGAAGGCCGAGAAGCUCGCGCCCUGAUAGUUGUGACAAUUGUAAGUUACUGGCACAGUCGAUAUCAUUGUUUGGUAAUGUCCCCUGUUUGGGAAUGUAGGAUGCCGUACACCUCCAAGAUGAUGGCUUAAACUGCAGUGGCAGCCUUCGUUGAUUAGUUCGUGCUAGCCUGAAACUCUGAACUGUUAUGGUUGGGACGGAAUUCUUUUGUCCUCUGCUGUAAUAUAUGACCGAUCCGUCAGUCACUUUAUCCUUAGUUUCUCA